AUGUUUCGAGAAUGGGGAAACAAGCCCUACGCAAGAAUGGUCAAGGAAGUUCAAGUGUUCGACAUAAGCCAAGAAGAUGAAGAGCUGAACGAGCUGGACGAGUGCCAGAUGUGGUAUGAAGAAGACCGAGCAGAAGUCAAACAGGAAUCGGUUGAGAAUCCAAGCCCAAGUCCAAGUGCUCAAGAAGAAGACCGAUCAGAAGUCAGACAGGAAUCGAUUGAGAAUCCAAGCCCAAGUCCAAAUGCCAAGAAGCAAGUAAGGAUCGAGUACGAACGGUUCGGUUACCAGGGUAUGAAGACCUGA